UGCCAGUUUGAAGUGGUUUGGGUGUCAAAAAUGGCUUCGUCGAAUACGGUAUUUUUCUCAGAUGAUGAAGAAUCUUUUGAUUCUGAGGAUCGCAAGCCACAAAUUCAACAGACAAUCGCAGCAGUAGUUCCUCCCACAUAUGCAGAUGAAACCCUGGAUACACAGGUCCUGCUCAAAUCCUGGAAUAUCAAGAGAGACAUCAUUGAAACUGUUGUUGCUGCAAAACUUACAAUUUGGCACCUGAGAGUCAUUGAGGAUGAUGACAUUGCGAGGCUCUUUGGCACAAACAUUGCCGAUUGUGUGGAAUUCAAAUAUUACCUGAAGAAGUGGCGAAGUGAAGGAGCAAAGCUCGUGGAGGCACCUCUGCCUCAAGUUCAAAUCCCACAACAGUCCCUCAUGCAGAUGCCAGAUCCGCUGGAACAGUACAACGCCCUGGCAGCUAUACCCUUCCCGCCUGAACCCAUAGACCGGGGAUCAAAAGAUCACAUGCACAAAAUACGCAGACACGCUUCCCGAGAGGAAGUGGAAAGGGUACUGAAGAUGUCUGCGAGAGGCAAAAGUAUCCUCCUGUACUACAACAUGAACCAAAAACUCGAGACGCAGCAUCAAGCGUGGCUGGUGGACAUUCUUGCUGAUUACUACCUUCAGAAGUACGAUGGAGUGUCCAUGAAGCUCGUCGAUCGGAUCAGUGACAAAAUUGUCGAGCUCUUUCCCACAGAACAGAAGGAAACUUACUACACACGGAGAACAGUCGGAGGGAAUCCCAAGGGGAAGCUCCAUGAUAAAUUCAGAAACAAGAGAAGAUUGUACAUAUCUCAAGGUAUUCUCAAGAAGAAAAAGAAUAAUUGAGGUAUUUUUAACGUAAAUAUAACAUUAACACAAUUGAAA